GCGAAAGAGAGAUGCGUCCGUCCAUGUAACGGGACUCCUCACAUCUGCGUUUACUGCCAUCAGCCACAAAGCCCAUGCUCGCGGAAUCGAGUGUAAUAUUAUAAACUUUAAGAUGCAGUUCAUGCUGCUCUUUAGCAGGCAGGGGAAGCUACGUCUCCAGAAAUGGUACGUGCCGCUGUCUGACGUACAGAAGAAAAAGAUCUCCCGUGAGGUUAUUCAGAUGGUGCUGGCACGCAAACCCAAAAUGUGCAGUUUCCUGGAAUGGAGGGAUCUGAAAAUUGUCUAUAAAAGAUAUGCCAGCCUGUACUUUUGCUGUGCUGUGGAAGACCAAGAAAACGAGUUGAUAACCCUGGAGAUCAUCCACAGAUAUGUGGAACUGCUGGACAAAUAUUUUGGCAGUGUGUGUGAACUGGACAUUAUCUUCAACUUUGAGAAAGCCUAUUACAUACUGGAUGAGUUUAUACUGGGUGGUGAAGCCCAGGAGACAUCGAAGAAGAACGUUCUGAAGGCCAUAGAGCAGGCUGACAUGUUGCAGGAGGAAGCCGAGACGCCACGUAGUGUUCUGGAGGAGAUUGGACUGACAUAAAUGUUGAGGACUAACAAACAAACCAAAACACUAACACAUAUUAUUUUCUUUUUUUUCUGUGGGCAUUUUCUCUAUAUCUGUAUUUUAGGUUAACAUGCAAAAGUGUUUAAAAUAAUCAGCACUUCCUGGUAAGGUAUUGAUGCCUGCAUUUCUACUGCCAAACAUCUGAGGGAAUCGAGCUCAUCGAAAAGUGAACCUGUGCCACUAUCUUAGCAGUUAUGCAAAUUUCCCAGUGUUUGACUUUGAAUUCAGGUUUGGAUCAGUACAUGUGUAGCAAAGAUUAGCGUCAGCAUCCCCACUUAUCCCACGACGUCUGCUCUCUAUUAAAACCAUUACCUCUUACCUUCAGCUGCCUUAAAACACUCAGCUCACACAGUUUGCUAGUAUUUUUUUGCAACUCUCAGUAGAUCCAGUAGAAGUCAAGACUUGCUGAAGUGUUACGGACCAAACAUUCUUAUCCAGAUGGGUGAACAGAGAUAAUGUAAACUAGACUUUCAGAAUUUUUUGGCAUAAAUUCAAUGAUUGUAUUAACUAAGGCACAAGUAAACACCAGUAUUAGUGAAUUCCUGACCAAAAACACUGUAAUGAUUGGUUCCUGUGAACACUUAAUGGGUUCAGGCAUAUCAGACAUUUGCCAUUCAGUAGUUGUUUAAUUUCUAAUGCCAAAGAAUUUUUUUCCCACCGUCUUCAUGCCUUUUUUCCCCAUAAAAUCAUCUUUGUAUCCUAUCGUAUUGGACUGUUUGUCAGACUUACUCUCGAAAAAAAGUCUUUUGAAGCUUAAAAAACAAAAUAAAUGAUGAAUAAAGUAAGAUGUUGCAGCGUUU